CUCCGAUCGGGCGCUCCCAAAUCCAUCCCAGCUUUGGAUUUUUCUAGUUUCCGCUUUGAUUCGCUCACCGCACCCUGUUCCUCUCGGUGGCCUUGGAGGUCCAGGACUCUCCGUAUGUCCAUCAUCGCGGUCAGAUCAUGCUGUUUAGGAUUUGAGAGGAUGGCUAGGAUGGUAUCGCCUGUUUCUUGUUUGCUUAGGUCCUGGUUAGAUGAUGCCGAGUGGAGAUCGGUGGCUGGUUGGGGUCGGCCGCGCGUCGGAAUGAAAUUUUGAGAAUAAGCAGGGUUUCCUUUUCAAAGGGGAAAAAAGCUUCAUUGUUACUGAACCACUUGAUAAAUGCGUUUGGUCUUUCUCGGUAAUCAGGUUGGGGUUUUGACCUAUUUAUCCAGAGCUGAUUGGGCUCAUGGAUGGGAACAAGGAUGAGGCCUUGAGAUCUGUCAAGCUUGCAAAAUCUGCAUUUGCAUCUGGGGAUAAGCAACGUGCAGAAAAAUUAGUUAGAAUUGCUCAAAGAUUGGACCCAAGUCUUCCACUUGAUGAUUUGUUGAGCCCAGCUGAGAAGUUUGGUAUCCUGAACAGUGCUACUUGCCAAGACAAAACGAGAAGAGGCCAAGCUAGUGAAAACCCCAAAACACCAAAAGAAUCUGUUGGUCCUGUUAAUGUUGAUCAGGUAUACACUGAGGAGAAUAUUAGGGUGGUUCAGGAUAUCAGGAAGAAGAAGGAUUAUUAUGCAGUUCUUGGAGUAGAGAGGAGAUGCUCUGUGGAGGAAAUUAGGAAGGCCUACAGGAGAUUAUCACUGAAGGUUCAUCCUGACAAGAAUAAGGCUCCUGGGGCAGAGGAUGCUUUCAAGUUGGUAAGCAAGGCUUUCAAGUGCCUAAGCAAUGAUCAGUCGCGGAAGACUUAUGAUCAGACAGGCACCAUUGAGGACCAUGAAUUUAACGAGCAAUAUCCCAAUGCCAUGAGGCAGGGAGUGGCCAGACGGAGGAGGCAAGCAAGAAAUGGCUUCUAUAACUAUGAAGAAGAUUUUGAUCCAGAUGAGAUAUUCAGGUCCUUCUUUUAUGGCUCCCAUGAUAAUUUGUUUCGGACUAUAAGAGUCUGCUUGGAAGAUAUUGCCAUGUGGAACGCCAACGGCGUCAAUGGGCCAAGGACUACCCUACCCCUAACUGUGACAGGCUAAGGAGCCUGUCUGUGGCAUAAUGUGUGCAUGUGUAAUUAGUUUGGUCUCUCAUUUUCAUCCUUGGUAGAAUGUCACUCGUCUUCGCAGGUGGAGCACAGCAAUUUUUUCCUCAAAAAAUGAGCUGUAUGGUUUAUAACCCAUCUAUUUGUGAGAUGACACAAGGUCGAUACCUGGAAAUAGAUGCUACCUGCUGUUGUAAUCGACUUAUGUACGUGUGAGAUGUACACCAGUCGCGAACCAGUAAAUCAAGGGCAUACAGGCCUUGUUUACUAAAUGAAGAGAUGCGGUGGCUGGCGCCCAACCGAUUUGUUCAUGUUGAUACUGCCCAUCAUUUAUCUGAAGCAAUUACCACCUGGCACUUGCCUCCAGUUGCUGAACUUGUUAAUGGAUGUGAAUUCUUUCUUGUUCUUUUUAUCAAAUAUCUACCUUGAAAGCUGGUUGACAAAGCUAUGAUUGGCAGUAAAAUUACCACCAUGGAUGCCUGCACUUAGCUGUA